AUGGAUCAAUACAGUGGUGAGCAAGAAGUUAAUAAUAGUUCUGUGCAUCCAAAGGUACAUGUGCUGUCCCCCUCUCUGGCUCUUCCACCCAAACCGGAAGAACCACGAGCGGAAGACUGUUGUGGGCAAGGUUGUCAACCUUGCAUAUUUGACAUUUAUCAGCAACAAAUGAGGGCCUGGGAAGCAGAAUGCAGAAGACUGGAAGCUACAAAAUACAACACUGAUAAAGCUGAAAUCAUUUCUCCAUUGCGGUGGUCUCCAUUUCGUUGUGUUUCUGUAGAACAUGAGGCAGUCAGUGUUAAUGUGUACUGCUUUGAAUCAACAGAAUGCGACAGGAUUAUAAAUUUUUCUCCAUGGCAAUACUUGGUAGCUCAAAGUAACUUAAAUGUUUCCAUAUCCAGAGCUUACACCCCUCUCCCUGGCAAAACUGAAAGUCAAUUCAGUGUUAUUGUGAAACUCUAUGAGGGUGGCCUGAUGUCAGAGUUUUGGAAAACGGUUUAUUGUGAUGAAGUGGUGCUAUGGAAAGGACCAUAUGAGACUGGCUUCCACUAUAAUCCCAAUAGCUACAGCCAUAUAGUGAUGUUUUGUGCUGGAACAGGGCUAGCACCAUGUUUCGCAUUGGCUCAUUAUGUUACAUCCAAUGAAUUAGAUGAGACUUUUGUUAGGAUUAUUUUUUCGUGCAGGACUAGAAAUAACAUUUUGCUCAGACAACCCCUUCGAAAGCUCAGAGAGAACUGGAAUUUUACCUCAAAAACUGUAUUAACACAAGAUGAUGAUACAGGUUUGGAGAAAUGGUAUGGCGAGGAUCUUUCAUCGGGAAGGAUCACUUCAGAAGUUGUUUCCAGUGAACUUGCAGGGAAGAGUUCUGUUUUUGUUAUGAUUUGUGGUACACAGUCAUUCAACAAAGAUAUUUGUGGUUAUGUAAGGAAAUGUGGUGUGAGAGAAAAAGACACCUUGGUUCUAUGAUUUAAGUGUUCAGCUAUUGUGUGAACAAAGUGAUGAAUAACAUUAGAGUUGGAUUAGUGAGAGAGGUUUUACAGGGUGUGAUAUUUAAAAAGAAAAAUACUCAUAUCAUGCAACUUUUUAACACAUUGUGAACCAUAAAUAUUAGUGUGAUUGGUGAUGUUUACUCUCUGUUCUUUGUGAUUUUAUUUGCUCUGUUUGUUCGAAAGUAAAUUUGUACUGAAAAACAAGGUAGUAACAUAUGUGAAACAUGUGCCUAUUAUCAGUGAAGCCUUGUUCGUGGCUUUUGUGUGUGUACAAAGUUUGUCAUUUUAUAUUUACCAUACAUUUAUACAUCGGGUAGAAAAUUUGAGAGAUUGGUUGUAAUUGUUCUUUACGUAAAGUUUAACAUAAAUGUGAAUGAUUGGUUUUGUGGUUAGCUGAAAUUGACCUCGUGUGCUGAAUGCUGUAUAUUGUAAAGUGCAAGAUUGCUUUGGCAACAUAAGUAUUUUGAUCAUAUUCAGAUUAAAAAAUAUUACAAAAUUAAAUUGCAAGAAAAUAAAUUUUUAAAGGUAAA